UAACUAUGAAGAAAAUAUAGAGAGAGAAAAUAGAGAGAGAAAGAGAGAGAUGUGUCGGCGACGUUUGGAUUUUCUUUAAACAGGAGACAACGUGGUAGCCGACCCAAUUGAAGGCUCAAGGAAUGCAUGCUUGCCUCACUUAUCUGUAUCUCUGAAUUCUCUUUCUAUAUAUUUUAUCUACUACUCAUAAAGAUCCAAUUUUUCCACGGGUGGAUUGGAUGCAUCACAGAGAUGGAUAGAUAAAUGACUUCUUCUCCUUCAAUUCUUCAUCCACCCACAGCCCUGCUCUGUUUUCUUCAAGGCUCUGUUUCUCUUGUCUUUCCCCGCCGCUUUUCCUCCCCAUCUUUCUAUCUCUCUCUCUCUAUAUAUAUGGAGGUAGAGAGAGAUAGAGAGAGAUAGAUGUCAGAGGCUGAUAGGCACCGACCCAUGUAAUAUAUUUUCUUCUUCUUUGUGGGUUUGGAUUUGAGAGUGAUAAAGAGGGAAGAAGAGAGUUUCAGACAUGGAAGGUGGGUGUUUUACGACAUCGAAGUCUGGGUGUACCACAACGUCGCGUAAAGGGUCGCAGAGAGAUAAGCCUUACAGAGGUAUAAGGAUGAGGAAGUGGGGGAAGUGGGUAGCUGAGAUCAGAGAACCAAACAAGAGAUCAAGGAUAUGGCUUGGUUCUUACUCAACUCCCAUGGCUGCUGCUCGGGCAUAUGACACGGCUGUUUUCUAUUUGAGGGGACCUUCAGCUCGUCUCAAUUUCCCAGAAUUCUUAGUCGCAGAGGAUGAGCUUCAUGACAUGUCUGCGGCGUCGAUUAGGAAGAAGGCAACCGAGGUUGGGGCUAGAGUCGAUGCCAUCGAAACUGGGUCGAUUGGUUCCCAAUUCAAUUCUUGCAAGAAAUCGUCCAACAAGAAGCCUGAUUUGAACCAGAAACCAAAUCCUGAGAGCUCUGAUGAAGAUUGAAGAGCAAACCCCCCUUUUUGAAACCUCUGUUUCUAUAUUUUUCUUUUUUAAUAGGGUGUAUCCAGAUGGUUGACCAGCAUCCAACAGAGAUUUAUCUGAUUCUGAUCUAGUCCCUAAGAGGGGGAGAGAAAAAUCAACCAAAAUUCAGAAAACUGUCAUGGAUAUGAAAGAGAGAAUCAGUUCCAAUAGGGAAGAAACAACAGCAAUCCUUUGCACUCUGUAUAGCUCUUUCAAAUCAGUUUCAAGAAUUUUCUUUCUUUUUUUUUUUAAUGUGAAUUCUUAAAAACUUUUUUUCUUCUUCUUUCGGUUCUUCUCAAAGGUUAGAAAGUGAGGCAGAGUGGAAGGAAAGUAAUGGCUGGCCUACCUCUGCUGCUACUAUGUACUAAUUGGUUUUUUUGUUGAGAAAGAGAAUAGAUAGGAAACGAGAAAGUAAGAGAUAAAGGGAUAAGAUUAGUUAGGUACUCUUUCUUCUUUCUGGUUGAAGCUGUUGUGGAUGAUGUGCUUGUGGACUCCACAAAGAGAGAGAGAGAGAGAGAGGAAAGGGGUCUGUGGUCCUCCACCUAAAACAACAAUCCAGACAAUCAAAGAGAGAAAAGAGGGAAGAAAAGGUCCGUAUCACAGUCAGUCAUGGAUCGUAAUGUGGAGUUCUCCAAAAAAGUAUAUGAUGCAGCAAGCAUGUUUCGUUUCGUUUCGUUUUAUUGUAACUUUGUAUUAUAUUGUGUCAUGUUUGAAUUCCCACCACCGAAAGAAGGGAAAAUAUUGUGAAUAUUAUGAUUAUCAUUUCUUUAUCAUCAAUCAUCCAAAGAAGUCUUUAUCUUA